AUGGUGCUGGUGAAGAGCGUCGCCACACAACGCACCACCACGCGCUGCGUCCUCCGGUUGGUGUUAUUGCUGCUGCUGCUGCCGCCGCCGCCCGCACUGCUGUCCCCACCGCUGCCAGUGACGACAAACUCCAGCUCGAACUUGAGGUUCGAUGUUCCCUUCCGCUCGCGGUCGGUGGACGGCACGUACAUGACACCCACUUGCACGGGGCCCUUUUGGGGAAUGAUCACCACCUCAUCCACCACUACAGUAGAAUUCAGGCUGUUAUUGAUGUUGUUAUUGUUGUUGUUAUUGCUGUUGCCAUUUGUGUUCUCACUGGUGAUGUCACUGCUGCUGCUGCUGCCGGGCCGGAGAAGGCUCAGUACGCCCUCGCAGUGCCGCGGCCUCGGGUCGAGCAGCCGCACCGCCACGUCCUCGCGGGUCAGGUUGCACAGGCUCACCUCCCGCAGCGCCUUGGUGCCGCGGUACACCUCGCCAAAGUCCAGCGCGGGAUCAGCGACGCUGACAAGGUCCGUCUGCGACUCCGCCGCGACGACGUUCACGUGCACGUACAGCAACUCCGAGUUGCGUGCGUCGCGGAGGUUAUCGCACUGGAGAAUUGCGCGGUGGUGUUGCAUGCCAGCCACGCCACCAGCACCCCCGGCUCCGCUUCCAGCAGCAGCGGUGGUGCGCACCAUGAGGGUGAAGUUCAUCGACGCGUGGCCGUCAAGCAUCAGUGUGCGGCCAAUUUUCGGCUCCUCAAACUUCUCCUCCUCAUAUACACCGAGCUCAACGUUCUUCUGCGGCAUUGUCUGCGUGCGAAGCACAAACGGUAGCGGCAGCGAUGAGGCGUUGGUGACGGCGAAAUCUAUCAGCUGCGUCUUGUUCGGUGCCAUCGUUGCCUGCAGCUCGGUCUUGGAGAGGGUGAGCAUUGAGAGGAACACACUCACGCUGAACGGGAGUGUCACUGUCUCCGAACGAACGACGCCAAGCAGCGGUGACCCCGCAAUAGUCCCACCACCACCACCGCCUGCAACACUACUAGUGGUAGUAUUAGUAGUAGUACUCAAAGGCGUAGAAGGCACUAGUGUGGGUCUGCUGCUGAUGCGGCGCUCCCUUUGA